CUCUAUGGCGGCCCUUGGCUGGUCCUUCCCCUUCCAGGGGUGGAAGUGCGCAACACCAAGAUGGCGGCGGCCGUGGUGGCAGUCUCCUUGAGGAGCCGCGUCCCCGCACGGCUCCUGCGGGCCGGGCCGCGGCCGAUGUGCCGGGGAGCGCAGACAGCAGCCGCAGCCGCGCCUCGGAUCAAGAAGUUUGCUAUCUACCGAUGGGAUCCCGACAAGCCUGGGGACAAGCCCCGCAUGCAGACAUACGAAGUGGAUCUGAAUAAAUGUGGGCCUAUGGUGCUGGAUGCUCUGAUCAAGAUAAAAAAUGAGGUGGACUCCACUCUGACCUUCCGCAGAUCAUGUCGGGAAGGCAUCUGCGGCUCUUGUGCUAUGAACAUCGCAGGUGGCAACACGCUGGCCUGUAUCAAAAGAAUUGACCCCGAUCUCAACAAAAUCACUAAAAUCUACCCUCUCCCGCACAUGUACGUGGUGAAGGACCUUGUUCCCGACUUGAGUAACUUCUACGCACAAUACAAAUCCAUCGAGCCUUACCUGAAGAAGAAGGAUGAGUCAAAACAGGGCAAGGAGCAGUAUCUGCAGUCCAUUGAAGACCGUCAGAAACUGGACGGACUCUACGAGUGCAUCCUGUGCGCCUGCUGCAGCACCAGUUGCCCCAGUUACUGGUGGAACGGGGACAAGUACCUGGGUCCUGCCGUGCUGAUGCAGGCCUAUCGCUGGAUGAUUGACUCCCGAGAUGACUACACAGAGGAGCGCCUGGCGCAGCUGCAAGACCCAUUUUCUCUCUAUCGUUGUCACACGAUCAUGAAUUGCACGCGGACUUGCCCGAAGGGUUUGAACCCUGGCAAAGCAAUUGCUGAGAUCAAGAAGAUGAUGGCGACGUACAAACAGAAGGCGACCGCCGCGUAACGCUGUUCGACUGGAAGAAUCACACACAAACGUGCUUUACCAAAAGUAAUUUAUACCUGAUAUAGCAAGAGAAGGUUCCAGCAGGGGGCUUGGUGUUGUUCCCAUAAGUUUGCAUGUACAAUAAAUAACUGUAAAAACCAA